GUGGGUUUUCUGAUCCUGGAUUUUGGAAAGCUUCUCUGGUCAAGCAGACGUUACCCUCCUGGUCCUCUUCCUUUUCCUUUCAUUGGUGGACUCUGGCAGAUUGGGACCAAGUUGUCUAUAGAUAUGUUCACUAAGGGUUUCAUUUUCAAACGGUCACAACUGGAGGCAGCAGAGACGUUUCACCCUCACUGCUCUACGCACGUUGGGAGUGGGGAAGAAAGACACGGAGAGUAAAAUAAAACAGGUGACCCAUCGGCUGGUGGAGACCUUUGCACGCACAAAGGGGCAGCCAAUUGACCCUUUACCAUUCAUCAUGAGUUCAGUCUGUAAUGCGAUUUGCCUUUUGACUUUGGGAUACUGUUUUUCUCCUGAAGACCCAAAGUUCCGGAUGAUAUUAGAAGACAUUAGCAAUUUUACAAAAUUUGGGGGCUCUGCCUUCUUAUUGCUCAAUGAUUUGUUUCCGUGGCUAAUGGAACAUCUCCCAGGACCUCAUCAGAAGAUACAAGAGUCCAUGGAGAAAGGUUUCUUAAUUAUAAAGGAAGAGGCAGAGAAACACAGCCAAGAUUUGGCCCAGCGUCAGCCAAAGGAUUUCCUAGAUCUGUAUCUACUCGAGAUAGAAAAGAAACACAGUGAACCCAACUCUACUUUUGAUAAUGGAAACAUGACUCAGAGCAUUCUGGAAUUGUUUUUUGCCGGGACAGAAACAACAGCAAGUUUUCUGCAAUGGGCUUUGUUCCUCAUGGUGGUAUAUCCAGAUAUCCAAGAUAAAGUCUACAAAGAAAUGGAAACUGUUUUGGGUUUCUGUGACUCAAUCUGUUAUGAAGAUCGGUGGAAGUUGCCUUUCACUCACGCUGUGGUUCAGGAAAUUCUACGUUUAAAAUACAUCUUAUUGUUUAGCGUUCCCAGGCAAACGGUGACAAAUGUAAACACAUGUGGCCUUUUUAUUCCAGAGGGAACUUUCAUUCUCAUGGAUCUCUAUUCAGUUCUUCAUGAUCCCAAGCAAUGGGAGAAGCCUGAAGAAUUCAAUCCAAAUCAUUUUUUAGACAAGGAUGGGAAUUUUAUGAAGAGAGAAGAAUUUGUGCCAUUUGGAGCAGGUAAAGGUCAGGUUUUGUCUUCUAUUCCAGUAAAGGCCCAGGCUGCCUUGCCACCUGUCUCUGACCAUUAUUGUUCCUGGAGAGUGGGUUCAGGUGAAAAGAGCUGUCACCUAUAAGUACCAGUCCUGAGUGGUCCCAACCAUGCCAGGUCCUCCUGACCUCAACUGCAGUGAGAGUGAAGGAAUCAAAGCGUGAAUCCAUGGAAAGUCCCAUCAUUCCCUCUCCAGUGACAAGCUCCACAGCUGGGCGGCCUGAAAAUGAAAUCUCGACCUGCCUUACCUGUUGAACUGUUUCCAACUAACUAGGAGAAAAACGUCAAUGGACUGGACUACCCCGGAACUUGAGUUUGUAAUAUUCUAGACCAGUGGUUCUCAACCUUUUUAAUCCCACGACCCCCAACCGGUCAUAAGUCGAGGACUACCCAACUGGUUGUAAGUCGAGGACUACCCAACCAGUCAUAAGUCAAGGACUUUCCCUG